CACACCACCCGACCGCGUCGGUACAAGCUCGUGUAGUGUCCGUGCAGGACGAACGCAACCAGAUCCUGGCCGCGUACCUCUGGGUGCGACAGAUGUGGAGAGAUGCCUACUUGAGCUGGGACCGAGAUCAGUACGAUGGUCUCGACACGCUGAGGAUCCCCAGCAGCCUCGUGUGGAAACCAGACAUCGUGCUCUACAACAAUGCCGACGAUGAGUUCACGCGCUCCAUGGAGACCAACGUGGUACUGCGGCACACGGGCGACAUCACGUGGGAUCAGCCGUCCAUCACCAGGAGCUCAUGCGGCGUGGACGUCUCCUAUUUCCCGUUCGAUGCCCAGCAGUGCCACCUGACGUUCGGCUCGUGGACCUACAAUGGGCAUCAGGUGGACAUCUUCCCAGGCCCAGACAACGCCGAGCUGAAGGACUUUGUCGCAAACGUCGAAUGGGAGAUCUUGGGCAUGGCUGCACGGCGCAACGUCAUCGUGUACGGAUGCUGCUCGGAGCCCUACCCCGACAUCACCUACACCAUCACACUCAAGCGACGUUCUUCAUUCUACAUCUUCAACCUCCUCCUCCCGUGCCUCAUGAUCUCCUUCCUGGCACCCUUGGGUUUCUACCUACCCGCCGACUCAGGCGAGAAGGUGUCGCUGGGUGUCACUGUGCUGCUGGCGCUCACCGUCUUCCAGCUGCUGGUGGCCGAGAGCAUGCCACCGUCUGAGAACAUGCCGCUCAUCGGCAAAUACUACAUCGCCACGAUGAGCAUGAUCACGGCCUCCACGGCGCUCACCAUCUUCGUGAUGAACAUGCACCACUGCGGACCCGAGGCACGGCCCGUGCCCGCGUGGGCACGCGUGCUCGUGCUGCACUACCUGGCACGCGCCUUCUUCGUCUACGAGGUCGGGGAGAACUGCCGCACGGCGCGGGUGCGCGCCGCCGCCCCGGCCACCUCCGCCGCGCUGCUCGACACCAAGGAGUGGGAGGACGAGGCGCCGGAACCCCUCGACGCCGCCACCACCACCGCCGCCGCCGGCCGCUGCCGACGUUGCUGCUGCUGCUGUUGCUGCGCGGGCACGCGGGGGGGACGCGUGGCCAGGGACGUGGCCUCCAUCGCGGCGUUUGUGCGCGAGGCGCGCGCCGCGCACGAGCUGAGCAGCGAGUGGAAGAAGGUGGCCAAGGUGAUGGACCGCGUGUUCAUGUGGAUCUUCUUCCUGCUCGUCUUCUGUAUGAGCCUGCUCAUCGCUGGCAAGGCCAUGUGAGGCGGUCACAGGAACGGGGUUAUGGGCAGGGGGAGUAAUCUGGUCCAGGAUUCCUCGUCUCGAGUUCUACGUCGCAACCACGAUGCCCAGGCAUGUGCCACGGAAAUGGCAUCACGGUGGACGUCACAGAUACUGUGACGUAAUUCGAAAAAGAGUAGGCCAUGUGUGCCGGCAUCAUUGUCAAAAUUGGCCAAUAUUGCUAAAUUAUUUUAAAAUAAAACUUUAUUGGAAUAACAGCAAGCAACUGCAUUACCUUGUUACACACAGACAGCUGUCAUCAGGGGGUCCCCUAUGCCAAUGCUUCGCAACCGGUGUGCUGCAGCACGGUCCCAGAUGUGCUACGGUAUUUAGAAUUGAUCGGCAGGCACAGACAAUGAAACAAACACUGCAGACAUGAACGUAAAACAAUGAAAUAGA